GUGUUUCCUCUCUCCAUCCCAAACUCGUACAUUGUCAAAAUUGAAUUCAUGUCCAUAGUUGUUAUUCACGUGCAUUGAAUUGAGUGAUGAAAUGUCGUGACGUUUAAUGGCCAAUUGGUGUUCAUGCAGACGAAGGCGAAGAGGGUGGCCACUUUGUCCAAUGUAGUGUUGACUACGGUUAUUGCACUUGAUUUUAUAAAUGAUGUUUGCUUUGUCUUCUUUGGUUGUUGCAUAGUUUGGUCUGCAUAAUAGUGUUUGGAGGGAAUUUGUUGGUUUAUGAGCUACACCAAUUUCAAGUAGUUUCAGUAAUCUUGUUGUGAUUUCUGAUACAUUCUUUAUGUAUGGUAGGAUGUUGGGUUUAUUGAUUUCUGUUUAUGACUUUGUAGUUGAUGAUUCACGGGACAGACAUCUGAUAAAGUUUCGUGGGUAGCCGUUCUUCUUUAGGAUUGACAUCAAGUAAUUUUCCUCGUUUCUCCGUGAAGUUGGUGUACUGCAGUGUGUUCUCACUCUUUUGUGAAUAGAGUCUGCACGCAGCUAAUUUUAGACGUGCUUUGUUAGGUUGUUGCUACUGUAGUUAUUGAUUCGAUCAGCGUGUGUUGGCUUCCUGUACACUUGGUUUUCCCGCAUUUAUCCCACUGACUAAAACAUCCAGGAAUGGUAGUUAGUGGUUCGACUCCUUUUCCAUUCUUAAUUUAAUUCUAUUCAAAACGUUGUUAAUCGAACUGUGAGCUUUUUCUGUAUCAUCUUUUUUAAUGAUGAUAAAAGUGUUGUCCACAUUGAGAAUUCAAAUUUUUGGUUUGAUCAAAGAAUGAUGGCUUCCAGUCUCUGCAUCACUGCUUAUGCAAUUAGUCCGGAUAUCGGUGACCCCACUGAAUUUCUUUUCAUCUGUUUGUAUAUCUUGCUAUCAAAUUGGAAGUAUGUCAGACAAAGAUCGGUGAGUUCCAUCAGACUUGAACAUUUAAGCUUUGUGGGUUCUGUGAGGCUUGCGUCUUCAGCGAGCAGGAGAGACAUCGUUUCCUUGGCCAAUUGGUGUUUGAUGGAUGUGUGCUGAUGUACUGAUGAUGUCGUAUAGAAAGACGAUGAAAGCUCCAUGAUUAAACAUCUUCAUCUCAGAGAACACAAUACAACCAGAACCAUUCACCUGAGAUACGAAUAUUCUUCAUUUCAACAUUAUAAUCUGUUCUACUCUAAUCUUUGUUAAUUCACACCGAUGAGGAGGUACGCCACCGGUGAAAGAUUACUAUCGAUUAGAUGGUUGGGAGGAUGAUAGUCGACGACAUCGUCGACUCAUUCCAAAUCCACAUGGUACAAAUUAUUCUUCUGCUAUUUUUUACAAUGAUAAUAUACGCCGUCGAUCUGUUGUUCAAAAUCAUUCUGAUCAGUUGGCAAAUCUUUUCAAAGAGGCUGAAGCACAACAUGCUCGAGAUUUUUCAGUAAAUUCUGAAUCGAAUGAAAUGAAUUCACUACAAUCUGAACUUCAGCCGGAUAAUACUUCAGUAUGUUCAACAACGAAUGAAUCAUCUGUGGAUAUUACUGAAACUUCGAGUCCUGUUACGUUAACCUGGUUUCAAGAGGACAUGCUUUACCCUGGUCGUUUGUGCGUUGACUUUAAAGAUACUGCAAACCUAUCAGUACCUUGUAUUCUAGUAUCUUUAGGUGUAACCAUACAUGGUACACUAUCCAUUUCAAAAUAUGAAUUAUAUUUUGAACAGGAUACAACUAAUCCUGUGAAUGAAUUAAUUGAUCAACGAGUUUUAGCCUAUAUUGAACAUGUUUAUAGUAGAUGGUCACUUUCAGAAAUACGCGCAAUAUUCAAUCGUUCAUUUCUGCAUCGUAAAGUUGCAUUGGAAAUAUUUGUAGCUUCUAGAGGUUCCGUACUUUUUGCAUUCAAAGAUGUUAUCACUAUGAAAUCAGUUGUGAAUGCUUUGCCUGAGGUGGGUAUAGGCACAAGAUAUGGUCUACCUGCAUCCAGAUCAUCAACAUUAGCUACACCUAGUCGAAUAUUCCAACUAUCCAAUAUGACACAACGUUGGCAACGUCGUGAAUUAUCAAAUUUUGAUUAUCUUAUGUACUUGAAUACAAUAGCUGGUCGUAGUUAUAAUGACUUGAAUCAAUACCCAAUAUUCCCUUGGGUUAUAUCUAAUUAUGAGGUAAAAGAGUUGGAUUUAUCCUCACCAUCGAAUUAUCGAGAUUUAUCUAAGCCAAUUGGUGCUAUUAAUCCUAAACGUAAAGCAUUCUUUGAUGAACGUUAUAAUAACUGGGAGGAUGAAAGUCGACCACCGUUUCACUAUGGUACUCAUUACAGUACAGCCGCAUUUGUACUGAAUUAUUUACUACGCGUUGAACCGUUCACCACAGUAUUCCUUAAUCUACAGGGUGGUAAAUUUGAUCAUCCUGACAGAGUAUUCUUUUCUGUUGCAAAAACUUGGGAGAAUUGUCAAAUUAAUACAUCAGAUGUAAAAGAACUAAUCCCGGAAUUUUUCUACUUUCCUGAAAUGUUUGAAAAUUUAAAUGAUUUAGACUUGGGUAUUACAGAUGAUGGAAUUCAUGUAAACACUGUGAUACUUCCUCCAUGGGCAAAAACAUCUGAAGAAUUUGUACGAAUUAAUCGUGAGGCAUUGGAAUCUGAAUUAGUCUCAUGUCAGUUACAUCAUUGGAUCGAUUUAAUAUUCGGUUAUAAACAACGUGGUCCUGAAGCUGUUCGUGCCACCAAUGUGUUUCAUUAUUUAACCUACGAUGGAAGCGUUGAUUGGGAUAAGAUCACUGAUCCAUUGUUAAUUAAAGCUGUUGAAGAUCAAAUUCAAAGUUUUGGUCAAACACCGGGUCAAUUACUAACAACACCACAUGUUCGUAGAAAUUCAGCUCUUUAUCAUAAUCCAGAGAUUUUCAAUCUUCUCAAUGAAGAAUUUUGCAUGAAUUUAAAAUUUCAAUCUAAUUCACCAGUUGUACAUUUGUUCAGUAAUACAUCAGUGAAAGCUUUACCUUUUCCGACUGUAAUUGCUAUCACGGAAAACAGAAUAAUAGUUGUAUGUAAAUGGAAUAGUUUAGCUGCUGAUGCAGCAUAUAGAAAAGCUCGUGUAAACCAUGAUGUGGAUUCAACCGAUACAACUGUGAAUAGUAAUGAUGUACAAGUUCAGCGGUCUAAAACUGCUUCUGACAAUUCAAAUAGUAAUGUGUCUUCGUCGUCAAUAACUACCGCUGAUACUUCUGUGUCGUCAUCUGUUUCUGCUCUUCCUCCUCCUAUUUCCACUACGAUUACAAAUUUACCGACAUCAUCCCUGCCAUGCAAAGAGAAUGUGCGUAUCAAAUACGGGACAGAGCAAGUACUCAAUUUACCUUUGAAAACAGAGUUUAUUUCACCUCUUGGUCGUUGUUUAGGACACGAUUUUGAUGAAAAUAUGAAAAUCACUAGUAAUCAUUUUGUUGUAACUGCUGACAGUCGGGCUGUAAUACUCUGUGGCUAUUAUGAUAGAUCAUUUCGUAUUUAUGGAUCACGUAGUGGUCGCUUAAUUCAAGCAGUAUUUGGGCAUGGUGAUACUGUUACUUGUUUAGCUCGUUCAGAGUGUCAUCUUAGCCAGUAUUAUUAUCUGGCAUCUGGUAGUCGAGAUUGUACUGUUAUGUUGUGGAUGUUUAGUAUGCAACGUUUAUGUGUUGUAAAUAGUCAAGGGUCACCUAAGCCACUAGUUAUCUUAAAUGGUCAUGAAACUAGUGUCAGUUGUAUCAGUUUAUCAGCUGAAUUGGGACUAGUGCUUAGUGGAUCAAUCAAUGGAAGUUGUCUGUUGCAUUCAACUCGUGGUGAACUACUUCGUUGUUUACAUUCACCGUGUACAACAAUAAUAUCUGAUCAGUUAUCACCAGUAUCGUCAUCAUCAUCAUCAUCAGUGUGUAAUGCUAAUCGACUUCAGCCUAACCUACUUACAUAUCAUCGUGAAGGUUAUUUACUUGGUCAAUUCGAUCAUUCAUGGUUAUCAGUUUAUAGUUUAAAUGGGAAAUUGUUACAUUCUAGAGAUUUAAGCAUUUUAUCAAAUAAUACUAAUUCUUCUAUUAUUUAUCAUAUUAAUGCAAUGAUAUUUAGUAAUUGUGGUCGAUAUAUUCUAGUCGGUGGAAAUGAUGGUGUUAUAUGGAUAUUAAGAAGUUAUAAUUUGAUACCAGUUCAUGUAUUUCCUAAAUGUGAUACAUCAAUUGAAUCAUUAUGCUUAAUUUAUGAUCAACGGUUCAUUUUGGCUGGCCUCAAAUCUGGUAGUCUAGUUGUUUUCUUCGUUGAUUUCAACCAAUGGCAUCAUGAAUUUCAACAGCGUUACUCUUGAAAAGUUAACUAACAUGACAACAAUAAUCUACCAUUACAUAUCAUAUCAUAUUCAUUCCCUCUCCCUAGGUGUAUUUUGCUUCUAAUUUUUUCAAUUUUUCUAAUCUUCUCUUGAGGUUACUGAAAUUCGAUUUUAGUAGUUAAAUUAGAAAAACAUUUAUUUUGUUGUUGUGUUUUGGGAUCAUUUGUGAAAUUGCCUUUCUUUAUUUCUAGUUUCAUGUUAUUUUUUUUUCCUCUUAAAUACAAAAAUUGGUAUAGACUGUCUUAAGUUUAUAUACCGAAUUCCAUCCAGUGUGAUAAUAAUUGAAUGUGAUAAUUGAAAACCAAUAUUCUUAUGUUCUUUUGCCUGAGCACUACACUCUUUUCUCCAUUGUAAAAAUGUUUCCAAAUAAUUUUCUGAUGCUAACUAAUAUUCUGUGUAUAAUGGUCAAUUAUUUGUUUUAAUCAUGACUAAAGAAUAUCGAACAUUUUUGUUAUAUUCAAUGGAAAUGAACAAAGUUCGGUUAUGGGUCUCAGUUCCUUCGUUUUCUUUUCUACAGCAAAACUGAAUAAACCGUAGGAAUUC